AUUCAGCUUGCCGUUUUUACUUCGAUUCUUCACAAAGUUCCACAAAAAACCACAAAAAACCACAAAAAAACACAAAAAACCACGGAAAAUGGACUACGAAAUGAGAAAUAUCAAGGACUUCCUGCAGCUGUACAACCGGAUUACGGAUUUGUGCUUCAACUCGUGCGUUGAUAACCUUUUCGGCCGGGAUUUAACGCACCAGGAGAUCUCGUGUGCCGAUAACUGCGUCAGCAAGUUCACCAACGUUAACCAGCGAUUACUGCAGGUGUACAUGGGCGUUCAGACGGACAUCAAUCAGCGAAGGAUGGCCGAUAUGGAGGCACAGCAGGCAAAACUAUUAGCCGAAGCCCAACAGGCAGAAACGGCCUCUCAAGUCGCGACGAGCUCCGAGGCGGCCGUCGUGUGAUCGCACUUCACAUU